CAGCAAAUACGAAGAAGGCAGACUCUCUCUUUCAACUCUUUAACCCAAAUCGCACGAUACUUCUCUCCUCGCCUCUCUUCUCUUCUCUCUGCCCCCCAAAUAAUUCCAUUUCUUCUUUAUCUCCCUCAUUUCUCAGCCUCUCCUCUGAAUUCAACUACACACACACUUUCUCUCUUUCUAAAAAUGGGUUCCGGCACUAGUCGACUGGGGAGGCGCCCAUCACGGACCCUAGUGAAUCGCAGUCACCGCUCCAGCUUCUUCUCUUCUCUCAUCUGCGGUGGCUCCUCUUCUCGCGCUACUCUCGAGAUGGAAAGUCAUCCAGAUGAAAUUCUCAUAAAUUCUGCCAAACAUAGUGAUCUGAUCACCAAUGAAAUCUGGAAUCUUGCAGAGGAGUCUUCUUUCUGUUCUGGUGUCGGAGCAAGGCCUACUAGCUCGCUUGCUGUAAUUGGAGCGUCAUCUGAAAGCAGUAUCACAGUUGGUGAGGGAACUUUUGCUCAAGAUGGUCUGAGAAGUAAUGGAAGCAGUAAUCAAGGGAUGUCUGAAAGUAAGGAGUUAGUUACUCCCUAUAAGGUAAGUGACAAUUGUAGUCGUGAUGAAUCUUAUAGGUGUAUAAGUAGUACUGAAGCUAGUACUUCCUUUAAAGAACAAGAGUCUUCAGAUCCUGUCUCUGUAAAUGUUUCUUCUAACAAGGAUGCAGUCAAUGGCAUUGACAAUUCAGAGGACAAGGAUGGUUCCCGUAUCUGUCCUGAGAUCACACAUCCCAGCAUUUCAUAUUCUCAAGGACCUGGAGGUUCACAUGGUGAUGGGGUUUCUGUUGAGAAUCAUAUGAAUCAAGUAACAGGCAUGUUUACUUCUGAUUCUGAUCCUACUCCUCAUAGGUCUGAGGGUCCAGCAACUUUUCACUCUCUAGGCGAUGAAUCUAUACAAGAAGCAAUACCUUCGGGUUUAGGAUUUCUUGUGGCUAAUAGGGAACAGGACCAGAUAGAUGGAAAUGUGCUACAUGUAGAUGUGGUAAGCAUCUCUUCGAGCAUUUUGUCUAGCAGCACUGCUGACACAAGCAGUCAUGAGGCCAGAAGAAACAGUAGAAGACUAUUUUGGGAUGCAUUUUCAAGACGUAGUUCCAGAAGGCAUCUUGAUUCUCCAACCAUUGUCUUCUCAACAGAUAAUAGUGAUGAUCCCCUAUCUCAUGAUAGAUGGCUCCUUGAUUUCAGUGGUGAUUUUUUUGAUAAUGGGAUGGGCAGUGAUUCUGGAUACUUAGGCAGUAGAAUUCACAGCAUGAAUGGACAAAGGAGACCCUCGAGAUCUGAGAUCUGGGAAAGGCUUCGUGGUGGCCUUGAUGAGCACAGUCGGAGGACUUUCUGUCCAUCUGGACUCCAUCCUGAUGGCACAUGCUUAUGUGAAUCAUUGCCCACAACUGAGGAGCCUAGCAGUCGUGCAAGUAUAUCACGGAUAGUCAUGCUCGCUGAAGCUCUUUUUGAGGUUUUGGAUGAAAUUCAUCGCCAGCCUGUGUCACUUUCCCUAUCAAUGGUAUCCCUACCAGCUCCAGAAUCAGUUGUUGACUCUUUCCCUCUUAAGAAUCACAAAAAGGAGAAGAGAGUUGAGGGCAGUGAUGAUGUUGAACAGUGUUAUAUAUGUCUAGCCGAGUACGAGGAAGGCGAUAAGAUAAGAGUUCUUCCUUGUCACCAUGAGUAUCACAUGUCCUGCGUCGACAAAUGGCUUAAAGAGAUACAUGGGGUAUGUCCACUCUGCCGAGGAGAUGUCCGUCUGGGUGCCAAUGAGCCUUCUGUCUCCGCCAUGGAUUCUUCUGUCCCAAAUCCAGAAGUCCCUUACAUUUCAUAGAAUUGUAUAUAUGAAUGUAAAUAACCAAUGCGCUCAGUUCACAGUUUAUAAAUCCUUGAAUGUAGCACCAUAUCAUAAAGAAAGUCAGUCUGUAGAAUUUUAUAGAAGGCCGAAGAAAGUGAUUCUAAUGGCUUUGAUAUUUUGUUCCA